AUGUACUCCUGGGGUUUGCUCCUCUUGGCCUUUAGCCAGACAGUCGCUGCCUGGGGUGCGCCAGGCUACGGAGGCUACAGACUCGUCUGGCAAGAUGACUUCGCAGGCGGCGCAGGCGAGCUCCCCAACGGUGACAACUGGAACAUGAUCACCAACCUGAGGGUCAACAACGAGCUUCAAGAUUACACCACAUCCAACAGGAACCUCCAGAGGAGCGGCGGCAGCACUCUGCAGAUCGUACCCUGGAACGAGAACGGCAGGUGGACGUCCGGGCGCGUCGAAUCCAAGUACGAGUUCACCCCGGAAGCCGGCCGUCUCACCAUGGCCGAGGCGCGGAUCCGAUUCGGCGAUAACCCCAUCGCGAACAAGAAGGGCUAUUGGCCGGCCUUUUGGCUCCUGGGUGCUUCCAUCCGACGGGGCACCGACUGGCCCCGCUGCGGCGAAAUCGACAUCCUCGAAACGGUUAAUGGCCAACUCCGUGGUCUCGCUACUGUGCAUUGCGAUGUCUAUCCCGGCGGGAUUUGCAACGAGCCCACCGGUAGGGGAGCGUCGACGGGGUUCCCAGAUCAGGGUUGGCACAACUGGAGAGUGGUUUGGGACCGCCGAAAUGGUGACUGGACUCAGCAGACUAUUACCUGGUACCUUAAUGAGCAGCAGUUCCAUCAGGUUGCUGGAUGGUCUAUCGGAAGCGAGGGCAUCUGGCAGACCUUGGCCCACUCGCCCAUGUAUUUCAUCCUUAACAUGGCGGUUGGCGGUGAUCUGCCCGGAGCCCCCGACGGCAACACCUGGGACGGCUAUGGUAGCAUGAUGGAAGUCGCAUACGUUGCCCACUACGUCCAGUCGUGA